GUUAUACUAAAAAUGUCCGGAGUGAAGCAAGUGAGGAACAAAGGUCUUCUUCCCGAUUUGAGGAAAGAGGGCACUCUCUCAAAAGACAUUGUUUUAACUACAAAGGAGAAGCAUGGAUGCCACUGGGGAGACCGGCUCUUUUGCCAUCAUACUUUAGCUAGUAUAAGAAGACUAAGCUUUUUCCAUCCUUUCUCUAUUCCAGAGGAGAGCCUGGACAUCGUGCUGGCUGCUACUUAUAAUCAUUCCACGGAGUUCAUGGCAGAUAAAGUAGAUUUGUAUCUGCAGCCCGAGACGCAUGGAUGCGAAACCUGGCGGCGAAUACGGAACACAUGUGACAAACCACCACCUACUGUCAUUCCUCUGGGUCACCCGAUGAAGCGUGGCGGUAUUACCGAGCGUAAAUCACCUUUCAGUGUCAAGCUAAUGAACUCAGGAGUCCAUUCUUCGCAAACCAACCCUGGUUACAGUCGGCAAGCCGCUGGUGGCGCUAUCUUCUUUUACUGAUCAUUUUCCUUCUAUAUUUCCGUUGCAACUAGUAACGCUAACUUAUUUUUUUGUUCAGCGUUAAGGUAUAUAUAUAUUAUUGUACUACGCAGCCACAUUAUCGAUGUAUAACAUAACGUAAACAUUCUAUGUCGACGUUGCUGUUGUACCUACUGCAGUAAAAAGUCAACGAUACGUUCACAGUAUGCUCAAAAUUUUACUAUAUUGUGUUAAACUGUUUUUGCUACAUAUGUAACAUAUGUAUAAAUGUAACGCCUAUUGCAUUUGUUGUUACAGAAUCUGAAAUUUGAAACUUUUAGACGGUUUAUUUUAUAUUUAUGAUCUACAGAAUGUUAUUUUUACAUAAUU